GAGUUAUAUGCCCACGUAGUCGAGCGAUUCCGUUCCGCUGUAUCCGAGAUUUUGCUGUGCCACCUUUUCUCACUAGGCAUGAUUCGGGAUUUCAGAAGAAAACAAGCACUCUUGCACGCCAGCCUUCGCAAAAAACAUUCUGACCUUUCGAGGCCGACUUUACUGAACCCCACAUGCCAGUGCGGUGCUGUGGUUGGCAGGCUGCUGAACAGACCUGUGGCUGUAUGUGCCUGGCGUGGUUGUCCAGCACAUAUAAAAACAAGGGUGUCUUCCCCUGUCUGUGCUUUUGCGGUAUUCUCCAUUCCUAUUCAGCUACAACAAUCACUUUAUCUCCCCUCUUUUUAACCAUAGCCCUCUUUUUUAGUCUGACACCUUCGUCGCUCCGACUCGUAUACUUUGAACCAUGUGCUAUCGCUGCGCGAACUGCGGAUCCUGCUUUGACCUGCGCACUGAACUACGCAACCACUUCCGGGACUGCGAGAGCUAAGUACCUCGCUAUCUGCUUCCUACACUGCGUCUUAUCAGCACUCUCCGUUUCCCCUACACCCACCCUCGCCCCUAAAAAAGACUAGCCCCUCCGUAAAUAGCUUCUCCUGCUUGACUCAAAAGUCUUCACAUAACCCCGCCAACAAAAUAAAAACCUGCCUAUUCAACAUCCCUACUACUAUGCGAUGCACUUUGGACGCAUGCU